UAAAAUUGUUCUACGUCACAAUGUUAAAAGGUUCGGAAUAUAUAUGACAUAAACGGAAGGUUGGGGACAUGUUUCCACACUUAUUAAAGGCUAGGGAUUCCUAAAGUACUUUUACUAAGAAGAUACCCAAAACAAAUAAUACAACGGAAGAACUCCCCUUUAGAUCUCGGCAUUAGAUCAAUCAACAAAUCCCCAAUAUGUUGCUACUUCAAUUCAUCAAUAUUGUGCACAUUUGGGAUUUGGCCUGUUAUUCGUAGCAAAAGACCUUUUAAAUUUUCGACGAUCCCAAUUCCCAAAAAAACAUGGAGACAAGAGAAAACAAGAGGAUGAGAAAUCAAGAAUCAUUGGAUAGAGAAAAACAAGAAGAAAUUGAUUCUGAUAAAUUAGGCAGUUUACCUGACAGUAUAUUGACUCAUAUACUUUCUUUGAUUGAUACGAGGACCGCUGUCCAAACAUCAGUGCUGUCCAAACGCUACAGAUUUCUGUGGACUUCAUUGCCAAGUCUCAAUUUUUACUAUUUUGGCCAAUCCCGACUUAAUUUUACUUCAUUAGUUGAUCAUGUUUUGGGCUGCAGGGACGAUACUAAUUUGACUGGGUUUCGCCUUUCCUUGUACAAGGAAGUUGCCGCAGGUUGUAUUAGCGACUGUAUUUCUUACGCGGUUCGUCACAAAGUGCAGAAUCUCAGCGUACGUGCGUACACAAAACAUAGUCUUAUCACGUUGACUAACUUGUUCAAUGCUUCUUCAUCGUUAAGAACUUUGCGUCUGACUAAUGCGACUUCUUGUAAUAUCGAGUUACCAAAGUCAGUCUCUUUGCCGGAAUUAAAAGUUCUUAUGCUGAAAAAUUUUGAGUUUUCGAGUCAAAAUUACAAUGCGGAUAUUUUAUUUGGGUGUCCAAAUCUUGAGACGUUGAUUCUGAACAAGUGUUUGAUUAGGAAACGGGACUACCUUAAGGCAUUGAAUGUGAAUUGUCCGAACCUUAAGCAUCUCGAGAUAAGGUAUUGGAGGAGUGUUUGGGAACAUUUUGAUGAAUAUGUGAUCAAUGUGACUGCACCUAAACUUGUUUCUUUUAAGUUCCAAGGUCAUCUCAUGAGAGUGAAUUUUAAGAGGAAUUUGUUAUGUUUAGAUACAGUUUGUGCGGAUCUAUGUUAUCCGACUGCAUGCAAGACAGUUAAUGUGAGCCAUAGAAGGCGGAGGACGGCUCAAAGUUUUAUUUAUAUGCUUGGCCGGCUAUGUAAUGUGAAGUCUUUGUUCGUAUCAUUGAAGACCAUCGAGGCUCUAUCGUCCAUUCCUAAUUUUCGAAAAUUUCCUAUAUCUUCUAUAUUUCGGAAAUUAAGGUAUAUAAAGUUCACGGUGAAGGAUAAAUACACAGAGAUGAAUGCAUCCAUUGAUACCGUUGCACAAUUGUUGAAGCGAGCGAACACUAAGUUUCUGGUAUUCAGUCUUACUAAGGAGCAGAUUCUCUCAAUAAAUUUGAAGCCUCCAUCGAUGAAAUCCAGGCAUAAGGAUGCGAAUCCGAUCACGAUACCAACACAUCUGAUGUCUCACAUACUAGAAAGCUCUCCUAGUGCUGAAGUCUUAGUCAUUGAAUUACCAAAGGCCGCAUCAGAUUAAAGGCGAGUAGGAAGAGGUAUGUUGAGAUAAACGGCAUUUUGGAAUGCAAGCAUACAUAGAAAAAAGUACGUCUACUUUUGGAAGAAUAGUGUGUUUAUGAAGAAUAUAUGGAGGAACAUAGAUUCAGUUUGUGCACAUUGCGAGGCCCGUAUUUCAUUUCAGAACCAAACUUUUGAGG